UCAAGGUACGUGCGUGCUACUGUAGCCGCAAAUGGACAGAACGAGAAGGUCUCGAAAACGAAUACGAGAAGCAAAGGAGAAAUGUCGGGCAGAAUUGAAUGAAGAAGGCGGAUGGACGAAAUGCGGUUAUUUGCAGCGUUUUGACGCGUCGCCGUCGGUCGUGAGGGAUUGUGUGAGGCGCGAGAGCGUGGCGCAGCUGUCCGAGAGGGAGUUUAUCGAGAGAUAUGAACGACCGGCGUUUCCUGUUGUGAUUACUGGCGUGACGAAGAGCUGGACUGGUGCUCGCAAGUGGACUCCACAGAAACUGUGCAGUCGUUUUCGCAACCAACCGUUCAAAUGUGGAGAAGAUGACGACGGCUACUCGGUCAAACUAAAAAUGAAGUACUUCGUAGAAUACAUGAAGGACUGCGAAGACGACAGUCCACUCUACAUUUUUGAUGCAUCGUAUGGAGAACACCCAAAGAAGAAAAAAUUGUUGAAUGAUUACGAAAUCCCCAAAUACUUCAAGGACGACCUCUUCCAAUAUGCAGGAGAGAAACGACGACCGCCCUACAGGUGGUUUGUGAUGGGCUCAGCGAGGUCUGGAACCGGAAUUCAUAUUGACCCUCUAGGAACUAGUGCUUGGAACACUCUAGUUAUGGGACAUAAGAGGUGGGCAUUAUUUCCACCUCACACACCAAAGAGCAUGGUCAAAGGCAACCGAGACGAAUUGAGACCUCAUCAAGACGAAGCGGUCGCCUGGUUCAUCCACGUCUACCCUAAAACUCAACUUCCAACGUGGCCACAACAAUACAGACCUGUCGAGAUCCUACAGAAAACCGGGGAGACUGUGUUCGUUCCUGGUGGGUGGUGGCAUGUCGUUGUUAACCUUGACUUGACUGUCGCUGUCACACAGAACUUUGCCAGCGUCACCAACUUCCCCGUCGUGUGGCAUAAGACAGCAAGAGGCCGUCCCAAGUUUUCGAAGAAGUGGUAUGCUGCUCUGAAGGAGGGACGCCCUGAUUUGGUUGCUGUAGCUGAUAGUGUUAACCUGGAUCAGGACUGCGGGCUGCCUUCAUCGUCCUCGUCAUCUUCAUCUUCUUCGUCGUCGUCUUCUUCAAGCUCUGGCUCAUCAGGGGAGUCAGAGUCAGAUAGUGAAGCAGGUGUUACUGUUAGUAGUAAUGAAGGUUCUCCGAGGAGAAAGAAAAGGCGGAAGUUGCAUCAAAGUCCAACAAAUAUAAACUGUUCAUGACCAGUCAAAGAUUCUCUCGUUGUGUACAUUACAACAACUGUAAUACUGAUUAGGCGACGAUUAUUGUCACAAUGUAAUCUGUGACACGUUGACCAAAUGUUUUGACAUAAAAAGCCAGAAUGGUGAGAAUUGAUAUAAAUAUGGAUUGCAUUGAGAGUCAGGCGUGUGUGUGUCCGUGUGUG